GCUUAAAAAAUUGAUUUAAACUUUGUAAAGAGAGCUUAAAAAAUUGGAGGGUAUUACAAAAAAACUAAAUUGUUUUUGUUAAUCGCUUCAUAUUACACGUCUACACUCUUGAAUCUUGAUUAAUGGGCAUACUGUCGUCCUUUCUCUUGCCCCUCCUCUUUAGACCUCCACCGGCGUCGGCGCCCGGAAUUCGAUUUCUUCCUCGGUUUUAUCACCGAGUAGCAGCCCCAUUAAUGGCGGCGCAUAAAAGAUCCGGAGAAAAUUCACCGGGCACUAUUCAAUUCAGCCCUGCCGUCGACAAAAUGCAAGAAUCGCUUCACUCAAAUCCCACUGAUGGGUGGGAUAGAUGUUGGGAGGAAGGAUUAACGCCGUGGGAUUUGGGGAAACCAACCCCAAUUCUGCAACAUCUUCUCCAAACAGAUUGUGUUCCUAGGGGCAGAGUUCUUGUCCCUGGAUGUGGUAGUGGUUAUGAUGUGGUGACACUAGCAUCUUCUGAGCGCUACGUUAUUGGAUUGGACAUAUCAGAGGUUGCCAUAAAAAAAGCAAGAAGGCUGGCGAUAUCAUCCCCUAAUGUGAACUAUGUCUCCUUUCUGCAAGCAGACUUUUUCACUUGGGAGCCUACUCAGAUGUUUGAUCUCAUCUUUGAUUACACAUUCUUUUGUGCCAUCGAGCCAAAGAUGCGGUCAGCUUGGGCAACUCGUAUGGGAGAUCUCUUAAAGCCAGACGGAGAGCUAAUAACCUUAAUGUUUCCGAUUGAUGAUCAUGAUGGUGGACCUCCAUACAAAACAUCUGUUGUCGACUAUGAGGAGGUGUUGUGUCCCCUGGGUUUCCAUGCCAUAUCUAUUGUCGAGAAUGAGCUUGCAGUCGACCCUCGUAAGGGAAGGGAGAAGCUUGGAAGGUGGAAAAGGACGACAAGAGCAUCUCUCUUAUGAAUUGGUCAAAGACUUUGCAAAAUAUACAAAAGGGUAUUUUGUAUAGCCAACAUAAGUGCGGGUGCGAGGUAUGAUUAAAUCAGCAUGAUGCAUGGAUUGUAUAAUCUAUGAACAAGAGUAUAUUGUUACAAUGUUUGUGACAACUACCGCGGUAUUUUAGGUAUUCUCUCACCAUAUAGGGAGAGUGAUUGGGAAGAAAUUUGAAGCAUGCAGUGUAGCACUACUCGUCGUGCCUGUUGUUUCCGAUAUGUGAAUAGAAUAUUACUUAUUAGAUACCAGAAACUUGUGUUUUGGAUAGAUGUGUAUCUAAUGAGUACAUGAUUUAUGAAGGUCAAAUGAGGAAGUACCUUCACGUUACUGGCGUAUUAUAUCGAGAUAA